GCUUACGACGCCUGCCGGAAGCGCGUGCAGAGGGGCACCGGAUGGGCUCCGCAGUGGAAGGCCGGCGUCUGCAAGUCCAAUUGCGGCCGCCUCCUCCGGCUUUCCACCCCGGGCCCUUCUGGACAGCGAGCUAAAUUAUCCGGGCCGCAGCGAUCCCGCCUCGGCUUUAUACAGGCCCGGCGGGAUUUUCCCGGCGGCCCCUGCGCCGACGACUUAGGAGACUUCCGGAGAAAGAAGAUACUUGUCUGCAAGGAACCUGUCCCACUGAUAAAGCCAGAUGCCUUCUUCCACUUCACCAGACGAAGAGGAUGGCCUGGAGACCUGUGUUUUAAAGGUUUUUGAUCUGGAUUUAAAAGAAUCAAAUCUUGUUAAUCCCAGCAACAGUCUCAAAGCAGAGUUAGAUGGCAGCACAAAGAAAAAAUACUCGUUUGCAAAGAAAAAGGCCUUUGCCCUUUUGGUCAAAACCAAACAAGUUCCAGCACCCUCUUAUGAAUUUAAGGGAAAACGGUGGCGAUGUUGUCAGCAGCUGUUUGCAGACCAGAUCAGCAUCCACAGACAUGUGGCCACACAGCAUGCUGAAGACGUGUACCAGCAGACUGCGUCUCUUCUGAAGCAGCUGACUGCAGCAUUGAGUGCCUCACAGAGCCUUACGCCCACAGACAAAAGGAGCUCCCCCAAAGACUGUCUCACUCCUAGUCAGGAGGUGUCUGCUUGGCUUCCUGAUGUGAGCCAUGUUAGCCCCCAGGAGCUGAGGAGUGGCCAGGGUGACGAGGAAGGAGAGGUGCUCCUGUAUUACUGCUACUGUGACUUGGAGGACCCCCAUUGGGUCUGUGCCUGGCAGACAGCUCUGUGCCAUCACCUGCACCUUACAGGCAAGAUUCGGAUUGCUACUGAAGGAAUCAAUGGAACUGUUGGCGGAAGCAAAGUGGCCACCAGACUCUACGUGGAAGUCAUGCUUUCCUGCCCAUUAUUUAAGGAUUACCUGAGCGAGGAUGAUUUUAAGAGCAGCAAAGGAGGGUCUCACUGCUUCCCGGAAUUGCGAGUCGGUGUGUUUGAAGAGAUCGUGCCUAUGGGGAUCAGCCCCAGUCAGGUCUCCUACAAGAAGCCCGGAAUCCAUUUAUCCCCUGGUGAAUUUCAUAAAGAAAUAGAAAAGCUUUUAUCACAGUCAAGUGAGGAACAAGGCAAUACUAUCAUACUGGACUGCAGGAACUUCUAUGAAAGCAAAAUAGGACGAUUCCAGGGCUGCUUAGCACCAGACAUCAGGAAAUUCAGUUACUUCCCUAGCUACGUUGACAAAAACCUUGACAUUUUCAGGCAGAAGAGGGUGCUGAUGUACUGCACUGGGGGCAUUCGCUGUGAGCGGGGUUCCGCAUACCUCAGAGCCAAGGGAGUGUGUAAGGAAGUGUUUCAGCUCAAGGGUGGCAUCCACAAGUACUUGGAAGAGUUUCCUGAUGGCUUUUACAAAGGGAAGCUGUUUGUGUUUGAUGAGCGGUUUGCCCUGGCCUACAACAGUUCUGUGGUAUCAGAAUGUUCAUACUGCGGAGCCCCAUGGGACCAAUACAAACUCUGCUCUACUCCCCAAUGCCGCCAGCUUGUGUUGACCUGUUCUGCCUGUCAAGGACAAGGAUUCACAGCCUGUUGUGUCACGUGUCAAGACAAAGGGGGCAAGCAGGCUUCAGGCCCCUCCCAGGACAGUUUUAAAGAAGAAUGUGAGUGUACUGCCCGGAGGCCACGAAUCCCACAGGAACAGCAGGCACAGUCAUGAGUUCAGUCCCUGUGAGCCUGGACCUGGGCCUGGUGUUCCGCAUUCACUGACACAUGCAGACUUAAGUUGCCAUGUGCAGCUUGAGACGGUAUAGAGACAAAUGGAGAGCAUCCAUGUUGGUCACUGCCAGCACAGCAGAUGGCCACAGGGACAAGGGACAGGGAGUCAGUGUCAGCUGCCUGAUUUGCCAUUUGAUCCAGAGGAUGCUACAGCCUGGAACAAAGGCAAACCCUGAGGAAUCCCAACGAUGUUGAGGGAUUAUCUUGAGCUUGGCGGCUUCUCUGCCAUGCUGCAGGGUGGUAGGCAUUGCUCUUCAGCAAACCUUUUUACCCUGACAGCAAAAUUAUAAAAGUUGGGCCCUGGGUGUAGACUCUUAAACCAGGCCAGCUCUUCCCUAACUGCCUGAGGCUCUGUGGCUCUGAUCACCUUGUGCCUUGAAGCAUUUACUAAAUUUGCAAACCCAUUUUUCUAUAUGUGAUCAUGGCACUACUGAGUAGUUGGCCAGAGACCAUGCGGCUUCAGAAUCUAAAGUAUAUUCUGUCCCUUCACAGAGGUCCUCUGAAAGAGGUGGCCCAUGCUUUUGUUGAUGUGGUUUCUUUAAAGAUGUUCCUCUAGCAGCUUUGCAUUACCCAGCAUCCCUCUCUCAGCUUGCAAGUGUUCUCAGGGAUCUAGACGAGCAGCAGGCUUAGGUCAGCAUCUGCCACACAGACACUUGGUCGGUGAGCUCACUCAGCAUGGUAGCUGCCUAGCCUCCUGGCCUUUGGGCACAUAUUCUUAUCCCACGAUUCUUAAGAAGCACACAGAGCCACACAUAGACCAAAUGGCUUUAAUAUUAUUUUGCAGUUUCCAGUGAUGCAGAAUGCAGCUGCAGUUGUGUUUCAAGGAGAAGCUGAGUGGGGCUGGCUGUCCCUGCAGCUUGGUGCCACUCCUGGGCCCGUGUGCAGCCUCAGUGGACACUCAGUGCUGAGGCCCCGAUGCCACCUCUAGUUACCCUGUACUGUCCAUACUGUUACAGUUCGGUGUGCAGGCUUUCUCUUAAGUCAGAAGCCCCCUGGCUAUGCUCAACAGCUUUUGAGCCUUAUCAUUACUAUAAUAUUGGCUGAAUCCCUAAGGAAAAUAACUCCCCAAAACAACAAAAAUACUAGUUUAACUGGCACUGUGGUCUAUUAAAAGGCACAAGAACAGUGUAUUUGAACAUUUUUACUGGCUCCCAUGGUGUUAAAAAAGGAAAUCCAGUAGGAACACCAAGAUUAGGUUUCAGAGUAAUCCCGUGUGUUGUUUGGCCAGGAUCUCCUAAUUCCUUACCAUUAAGAUGCUGUACUCUGCUGUCCUCUAGAGGCUUUGUUUGUAGGCAAGAGCUCUGUGUGAUUUGAUUUGUCUCAUAAAUGACCAGGCAGGCACUUGGUGUCUGUAAGCAGGGCCAUGCUAAAUACCACAGGCAUGGUGGACUGGAAAUUCACCCAAUGGUGUUGAUCUCACAUAAGCCAUUGCCCACUGUGGUAUAGGAAGAUGUUUUUAUGUGGCUGUAAGUUUUCUUUUUUUUUCCUUUUUUUUUUUUUUUUGGUUUUUCGAGACAGGGUUUCUCUGUAUAGCCCUGGCUGUCCUGGAACUCACUCUGUAGACCAGGCUGGCCUCGAACUCAGAAAUCCGCCUGCCUCUGCCUCCCAAGUGCUGGGAUUAAAGGCGUGUGCCACCACUGCCCAGCGGCUGUAAGUUUUCAUCCAUCAUGAAGUUGGAAUUCAAUAAAGAAGAAAUGAUUUCUGACUGCAGAUGAGUACCCCGCAGGUGUUCCCACAGCACUCAGAAGGAUGUCUGUUGCCUGGUGUGGUGGGUUUUGAAACUUGAAAAUUCACCAUUGCCUUUUUCUCCCUCUUUAUCUUACCUGGCAAAAGGAAUCCUGUGUCUUUCUGACUCUUAGAAAAUUCUGUGGCUUGUCUUUCAUUCUUAGGGGUGGGGGUUUGAUCCUGGAAUCAAUUUGGCAGCUUUAAUCUUGAUGUCAAAGUUUCAAGUGGGGGUUGACAGAUCAUGAUUAUGUGUUCUUUUUACUGAGUUGCUACGAUCAAAUUGGAAAUAAAAGAUUGUUUCACCACGCUU